UCCUCAAAAUCUCUUGUCUUCUCACAAAACUUUAUAAAAAAUGAAAAACCAAAUCUCUUUCCUCACCCUGUUUUCCAUAAACUUGCUUCUUUGCUUUGCACUAGGUCCAUGCACGCGUACAUGCGCUUUUGCCCUAGAGGCUGAGGCAAAGCCUCCAGUCGGGUUUUCACGUUCAGAAACUCCAAACAGUGAAAGCCCCACAUCACAGCCUCCAGUCGGGUUCUCACGUUCAGAGUUUACGAACAGUGAAAACCCGACAUCAUCAUCGUCCGAGAAAGAAGAGUCAGAGUCUUCUUCCUCGGGCGAUCAUCCCUACAUGUCGUUCUCGAGCGCCUUCGCGGACAUCCUCAAGGGAACCCUCCGCGGCCACACCAUCACCAUGCCGGAUCACGAUCCGAAGGCCAGCCACCACCGCUCUGUGAAAGAUAUCUGCUCCCACACGGACUACCCGGAGGUGUGCGUGUCCACCAUCACGCCGUUCGUCGGCAACGACUUAGACCUCAUGAACGUCCUCGAGGCCGCCAUCAAGGCCUGCUCCUUCCAGGCCAACUUCACCAUCUCCGUCGUCGCCAAGCACAUGAAGGCCUCGCCGGAGAUGGCCGCCGCGCUCGAGGACUGCAAGGAGCAGUACACCAGCGCCCUGGAGAACCUCCACAGAGCCAUGGAGGCUAUUCCGUCCCGCGAUCUCGGCACCGUUACGGUUAUGCUCAGCGCUGUUUUGGCGGAUGUUUCUGCGUGCGAGAGUGGGUUUGAGGAGCAAAAGACUGCAUUGCCCAUGCCUCAUUCCGAAGGCAUGGUUAGCAUUACUGCCAGUAUUUGUCUUUCCAUUGCUUCGUUGAUUCCCUAUUAGGAAGGGUUUCUUUGCCCUAGUGUCUUGUUAUGCUCAAGCUAGGGCAUUAAGGUCCCAUAUAUAGAUUAUAGAAAGUUUUAGUUGCUAAAUAAGCAUCAACUAUAAACAAUAUUUGUUUUAUGGAAAGGAUGUAUCGUUUUUUUAAUAAAAAAAAAUGAUUUAUGUA